AUGCCUACCUUCAAAGUCUACAAGGGUUCCGAGGAUGGCUAUCCCAAGGAAAGCACCACCACCAAGCCCGAUGAGCUCGUUGGCGACAAUGUUCUGGUGAAAAUUACCGCCUCCGGAAUUUGCGGAACUGAUCUUCAUCAUAGACAACGCGAUGUUGUCCUUGGCCAUGAAGGUGUUGGUAUUGUUGAAGAUGUUGGCCCACAGGUCAAGUAUUUGAAGAAGGGCACUCGAGUAGCUUGGGGCUUCGUCACUGGUAGCUGUGGCCACUGUCUUCUCUGUCUUCAAGGAGAGGAAGUCUUUUGCCGUGAACGAUGCAUCUAUGGCUUUCACAACGUUGAUCAAGGCAGCUUUGGAAGUCACGCCGUGUGGAGCGAGGCGUUUCUUCACGUCGUCCCUGAUUCCAUCUCCGAUGAGGACGCAGCACCCCUUCAGUGCGGCGGAGCUACUUCAUUUACGGCUCUCGAGGGAGUCAAGCCCACUGACACUGUAGCGAUCAUGGGCGUCGGGGGACUUGGCCACCUUUCCAUCCAAUUUGCCAACAAGCUUGGAUGCCGCGUUGUUGUCCUCUCCGGAACCAGCAGCAAGCGAGAGGAAGCCCUCAAGCUUGGCGCCCACAAGUUCAUCUCCAUGGCUGACUACAAGCCUGAGGAUUUUGACGAUGAGUGGAAAAUCAACCGCCUGCUCAUCGCGACAUCCGUACUGCCCAAAUGGGAGAUCCUGCUGCCAAUGUUGGCGCCAAAGGCUAUUAUUUACGCUCUCUCUGUUUCAUUUGCCAAUCUGGAGAUGCCUUAUAUGCCAUUCAUUCUCGAUGGAAUAUCCGUCAAGGGAUCUCUUGUCGCAACCAGGGCCGUUCACCGUGAGAUGCUCGACUUUGCCGCAUUCCACGGAAUCAAGCCCGUGGUAGAGACGUUCCCACUGACCGCGGAGGGCAUGAAAGAGGCAAUGGACAAGCUAGAUAGCGGCAAGAUUCAUUUCAAGGCGGUGCUAGUCGCCAAAUAA